AACAAAAAUAAAAUAAUAACACAAAGUCUUUCGUUCAGCAAGAACCUAUUGAUAAGUCAGCGAAAUGCCUCCAGUAAAUAUCCACGUGAACUCGAUUAUUCGAACAAAAUGCUAAUGCAAUCAACCUCCUAGCGUGGAUUCACAAAUCCUGCCCCCAAAACUGAGAGUGCUCGCGAGGCUGUCAAGUCUUUCUAUUGUAGGUUCUCAAGUCCCUCCUUUCACAAUUGGUACAUUUUCUUACAGGCGUAGGCGAAUUAUGCAGCAAAGGAUACGCUCGAAUGAAUGAAUAUGAAGCUCACCUCUCUUCAUACGACCAUUCUCACAAACAACGUCUUAAGGAUAUGCGACAAUUAACGCGCGAUCCAAUGGCCUCUUCCAAAGCUCGAAAAGCGGAGGCUAAAGCAAACUCACAAUCUGGGUUGAUAUCGAUUAAGUUGAGUGGAGAGGCAAAUUCGGGUGCUGGAGCUACUUCUGGAGGUUUCAAGAAAGGGGGCUUUAAGAAAUCCGGGUUUAAAAGUGCUUUUGCACCCGUGGAUGAGGAUGGAGCCGAUGCACCUGUAAAGGAUGAGGUCGAAGAGAAGAUCGAAUUUAGUAGAAACAUGGGAGUUCAGGGAGAGGAUUUGGAGAGCGAUGCCGAUGACGAACAAUACGGGUACGAUAUGUACGAUCCGAGGCGUCCCACUGAUUGAGAAGGGCUGGACGAUGAAGAUACAGAUCAAACGGAUCUCAAAGACUCAAAACGGGUAUGGGUCAAAAUCCUGAAGCCCUACAUCAUAUGAUCGCACAGUCUUGUCUUACAUGACCGUCCCGGUGGGCAAGCUUGCGCAUACCAGGCAGGCCAAGCAAAGUGGAAGCUUCAUAUAUCUCGACGAAAAAAAGAAAAAAAGCCAUGCCCAAUGUAUGGAUUCCAAGAUUGAGGACUUCUAGAUUUGAGAAUGUCAGCUGGCCCAAAAUAUGAUUAUUUAUUUUACGUGGGAAAGCCUAUAUUCUGACCCAGCAAGAUUGAUAGGGUGUUUUGCAUACCUCUCCGGGCGUCAUUUACGCCCUUGAACCAUUCUUGGUGGUUGAACUAUGUCAGCCAUGGCACGCCCUACGAUGAAUGGUGGCGCCGCUGGAUCAUGAGUUCUUUGUUAAGUCCUUGAAAACCGAAGCUAUCGUCUGGAGCAUUCUAGGUAUGUAGGGUGACGUUCUCGGUCGAAUUAUCAGCCCGAUAGAAUGUUGGAACAGGCAAAGAGAGUGAGCGCAGGUACUGGGUCGGUUCUAUGGCGAGAUUUGUGUCCAAUUUUUUUUUGAGAUGAAUCAUGCUGGAACUGAUACUUUGGUCUUUGGAAGGCGCUAGUACUUCUUUAGGCAUUACAUUUGACAAGCCCUAAAAUCUGUACAAAAAUCUCGCUAAAAUGAGGCCGUGGAAGUGGUUGUACAUUCGAGCGUAUUUGUGACAUCUUGUGAUGGUAGCUCCGCACGUUGACGGCAAAUCUAUUCAGCCAUGAUGCACAGAAAAUCUCCCGCGAC